AUGCCACGUAAGCUACGUAAGAAUAUACGUAAGAGGAAGAGAGCAUUGAAACAUCCAAUAGUAAAACUGACACCACAACAACAGUUGCAACAACAAAUGCUGAAUGACCCCACUAUGUUGCAACAAAUGUCAAGCAAUCCUAUGCUUUUAAACCGAGUUGUUGGUGCACAGAGUGGAGGUUUAAGAGCGGCACUUUUAGCGAAAAUGGCAGGCUAUGGUGGAGCUGCAGACGGAACAGCCUAUAACCCUCAAAGUCAAAUGAAUUUGAGUUCACUCAAAAAUCAAAUAACAGAUGUCAAAAAGUCAAACAUAGACAUACAGAAGCAAAUAAGUGAAAACGAAAAGAAACUAGAAUAUGACAGACACACAAAGAAACUCAAUGAGUUAAACGUAGAGAAAAAGAAGAAAGAAGAACAACUGAAAGAACUAAGUACAGAGGAAUAUGCGAAAAAAGUGUCAGAAAAAGCAACAGAAGUAGCAAAAAUGGAACAAGAUGUCAUAAAUUUGAAAAACCAUACUACUCAAUAUAAAAUACUGAAAGAUGAAGAGAUAAAACAAAAAGCCCUGAAGACAUAUAUGGAUAGCGAUGAGUAUAAAAAGGAAGUUGAAGCAAAUGUAAAGGCAGAAAAACUUUUACAGUUGCAAAACCAAACCGUACAGUAUGAAAACUUAGCACAAGAAAGUAAAAAUAACGACGCAGCCAUGCAAAAGGCAAUGAAAAGCGCAGAAUAUAUAAAAGCUAACAAUGACUGGUUAGAUGCCCAAGCCAACGCUAAAGCAGCCCAACUCAUAGGGUCAAUAAGGACAAA